UGCGCGCGAUGCGCUGGGGCCGGGCGGUGCGGGCCGCGCUGCGGGGCGCGGGAGCGGCGGGAGCGCUGCGGGCACCGCUGUGGACCAUGUGCGCCCAGGCGGAGGACUGGCGCUCGGCCAGGGCCAUCUACGACUUCCACGCGCUCGACAUCGACGGCAACGACGUGUCCCUGGAGAAGUACCGGGGCUGCGUCUGCAUCAUCACCAACGUGGCCUCCAAAUGAGGGAAGACCGCGGUAAACUACACUCAGCUUGUUGACCUGCACGCUCGAUACGCUGAGAGGGGUUUACGCAUCCUGGGCUUUCCCUGCAACCAGUUCGGGAAGCAGGAGCCCGGGGACAACGCUCAGAUCAAGGCAUUUGCUGAGAACUACGGAGUGAAGUUCGACAUGUACAGCAAGAUCGAUGUGAACGGGGACGAUGCCCACCCGCUCUGGAAGUGGAUGAAGGAGCAGCCCAAAGGGAGGGGCACCCUGGGCAAUGCAAUAAAAUGGAACUUCACCAAGUUCCUUAUUAACCGGGAGGGCCAAGUGGUGAAGAGGUACAGUCCGAUGGAGGAUCCCUCCGUGAUCGAGAAGGACCUCCCUGCCUUCCUGUAGCUCCGCUGUCCCCCUGCCUGCCCCAGCCCCGUUGCCCCCGGAGCCUCCUCCAGCCCCAUGACGGGCUGCCCCCAAGCCAGGUCCUGGUGGGGCAGCCCCGACCCCGCGUGCACCGCUGGACGGAGGCCCCGCGGCUGCGGCCGCCCCGGGCAGGAGCAGCCGGAGCCCCCCUGCAGUAACUGGAGCCCCCUCGCAAUAAAGACCUUAGGAAUGA